CAAUGCAGUUCACAACAGAGAUUUAAAAGUCUUCCUCUGUGGAUUAAAAUUAUAUUGUUUUCGCUUAUUUCUGUGCGAUUACAUUCUAUUAAUUACUUGAGACGGCAUAAUGGAGGAAGUAUAUAUUUUAUCAUUGGACAUUGGAACAAGUACUAUCCGUUCCGUGAUUUAUAACUCUAGAACUGAAAUUGUAGGCAAUGCCUUUAAUCAGGUAGUUUUGCAUUACCCGAAACCUGGGUUUGUAGAAAUUGAUCCAGAGGAGCUAUGGAUAUCCAUUAAUGAAGCAGUGAAUAAAUCGUUACAAGAUGCCAGUCUAUCUGCGGGUCAAAUUGCAGCGAUGGGCAUUUCAACCCAGCGCAGCACCUUUAUUACUUGGUCGCGUAAGACUGGUCAACCCUUUCAUAGAUUCUGUACUUGGAAAGACAUACGGGCUGAUAAACUAGUCAAGGAAUGGAACAAUUCAUAUACAUGGAAGUUCAUAAAAGUGGGAGCGUAUAUAUUACAUAUGGUAUCGAGAAGUAAACGGUUUAAAGCGGGAAGUGUUUUUAAAUUCUCGAAUAAUCAGACAACAUUAAGAUUGGUCUGGGCAUUGAAUAAUGUCCAAUCACUUAAGAGUGCGGUGCAGAGCGGCGAUGCGAUGUUCGGAACACUGGAUACAUGGCUAUUAUACAAGUUAACAGGUAACAAGCUACACAUGUCCGACGUAUCCUCGGCGUCUGCGACGGGUUUCUUUGACCCCUUCACAAUGCAGUGGGCGGGCUGGGCAAUGACGAUAUUCGGUAUACCGAUGUCGGCCUUACCAGAAGUCGUAGACACAGCGGGUGACCACUUUACAAGUACCGACCCGAAGAUCUUUGGAUGUGCUAUACCGAUUAGAUGUUGCAUAGCUGACCAAACGGCAUCAAUGUGGGGCUCGUGUUGUUUCGACGUGGGCGAGGUGAAGCUGACGAUGGGCACGGGGACGUUUUUCAAUAUAAACACGGGGCGUACGCCACACGCCAGCGUGUCGGGCCUGUACCCAGUGGUGGGCUGGCGGUUGGGCAACGAGCUCGUGUUCUCCGCAGAAGGCGCUAAUAACGACACGGCUACGGUUAUUAAAUGGGCUCAGAGUAUAAAUCUGUUCGAAAACCCUUCAGAUACUGCCGACAUAGCAAUGUCGGUUUCAGACACAGAUGGUGUUUACUUUAUACCGGCUUUUAGCGGAUUAGGGCCUCCAUACAACGACUGUACCGCGGGCACUGGGCUCGUGGGCAUCAAGCCGUCCACCAGCAAGGCCCACCUCGUGCGAGCUGUGCUGGAGGCUAUCGCCUUCCGCACUGUGCAGCUCUUCCACUGCAUACGCUCUGAGACUUCAUACACUUUCCAUAGUAUCAGAUUAGACGGCGGCGUGUCCAACAAUGACUUCAUCGCGCAGCUGGUGUCGGACCUGACUGGUCUCAGGGUGGAGAGACCGCAGCAGGUGGAGAUGUCCUCACUCGGCUGUGCACACAUCGUCGGCUUGCAUUUGGGUAUAUUCAAAUCAAAGGACGAUAUAAUAUCUUUAAGAAAAAUCGGUAAGGUUUUUACACCGCGGGCGCAUGUUAAGAAGAAUUACGAAUAUACGUUCUCUCGUUGGGAGGAUGCUGUGAAAAGAAUGUGUGGCUGGUAUACCGAGGAUAGAGCCACGCAAGCCGUCUCCGAUACGAACGGUGUUUCGCGCCAAAAUAACAAGAUGGCGGCCACACAAAAUGGCGGACACGAUAAAUAGCGCUGGCUUAUGUUUCUGCUAGCAAUGAUAUUUUGCUUGCCUUUGUUCAGAUGACAUUGGCUUGGAUAUAAUUGGUCAAUUAGCUAAUAUCUAUUCUUUAGGUAUAUU